AUUGCAGCUCGCCAGUGUCAGUCCCCGAGCGGUCGCGGUGGCGGGGAGGGCAGCCGGGCAGGCAGCCGCAGGUGGGGCUGCUCGCAGUCAGGGACCUAGCCGGGGAUCCCGGGAGCCCUGCACCGGGAGUGCCCAGGAUGCCCCGCGGGGACUCGGAGCAGGUGCGCUACUGCGCGCGCCUCUCCUACCUCUGGCUCAAGUUCUCGCUCGUCAUUUACUCCACAGUGUUCUGGCUGAUCGGAGCCCUGGUCCUGUCGGUGGGGAUCUAUGCAGAGGUCGAGCGGCAGAAAUACAAAACUCUCGAAAGUGCCUUUCUGGCCCCGGCCAUCAUCCUCAUCCUCCUGGGGGUCAUCAUGUUCAUGGUCUCCUUCAUUGGUGUGCUGGCUUCCCUCCGGGACAACCUGUGCCUUCUUAAAGUGUUUAUGUACAUCCUCGGGAUUUGCCUCAUAAUCGAGCUCAUUGGUGGCGUGGUGGCCUUGAUCUUUCGGAACCAGACCAUCGACUUUCUGAAUGAUAACAUUCGAAGAGGAAUCGAGAACUACUAUGAUGAUCUGGACUUCAAAAACAUCAUGGACUUUGUUCAGAAGAAGUUUAAGUGCUGUGGUGGGGAAGACUACCAAGAUUGGAGCAAAAACCAGUAUCACAACUGCAACGCCCCCGGACCCCUGGCCUGCGGGGUGCCCUACACCUGCUGCAUCAGAAACACGACAGAAGUUGUCAACACCAUGUGUGGCUAUAGAACUAUUGACAAGGAGCGCCUCAGCCUGCAGAAUGUCAUCUACGUGCGGGGCUGCACCAACGCCGUGCUCAUCUGGUUCAUGGACAACUAUACCAUCAUGGCGGGCCUCCUGCUGGGCAUCCUGCUCCCCCAGUUCCUGGGGGUGCUGCUGACGCUCCUGUAUAUCACCCGGGUGGAGGAUAUUAUCAUGGAGUACUCUGUCACCGAUGGGCCCCUGAUGUUUGCUGCCAAGGCCAACGUGGAAGCAGCAGGCACGGGAUGCUGCAUGUGCUACCCCAGUUAGGGCCGGCCUGGGGCAGCAGCUCCCUCGGGACCCUGCCAGGAUAGCACCAUGCUGUGUGGGCUGGACAGGACCGUGGCUGCCCUCCCCAUACUCGGCGCUGACCAAAGUCCAGGCUGCAUGUGCUCUGGCAGCUGGCUCAGGCCUCCAUGGCCACUGCCUCCCCGGAGGGCAGAGCCUGAGGGCCUCCCCAGCUCUGGGGCCAUAGCUGCCCACACUGCUGGGCGUGGGGAACAACGCGGCCUGAGCUGCCGCCGGGGAUGAGCAGGCUCACCACUCAGCCCAGGGCCGCUUGGUUUCUGGCAGUGCCUUGGCCUCUGGUGUUCAUGCCCCUCUGGGGGCAGUUUUAUAGUGAUUUGUAAGUGGUGAGAGAGAAGAGCAUGUGAGCCCCAUGGUAAAGGAGGGGAUGGGUGCAGCCCCCGGGUCCCCAGUCCCACGGCCAUGCCAUUUCUCAGCCACCAGGUGCCUUGACACAUCCCCAAGGGCUGCUGUUUUGCUGACCCGGGGUUUUUUUUUUUUUGGAUUUUUUUACAUGAUUUUGUAACAUUCAUUUUGUACAGAGUUAACAGGAAUUUCUGACUAAGCAAAGCUGUGUGUUUCCCCAUGUUCUCCACUGUUGCCCCUCCAAAGCCAGUUUAUUAAUCAAACAAUAAAGACUUGAUUUUUUGGUUUUUGUC